AUGGAGGUACUGGUACAUUUAACUCGGAUGCAGGCGUGUUUUCUUACAUUUCGUCUAUCUGUCUCAACGUCUAGAGUUCUCAGCCGGAGCAUGGCGGCUGAUUCUGUCACCCGUUUCGAUUUUCUGGUGGUAGGAGGUGGAUCCGGGGGCUUAGCCGGUGCACGAAGGGCGGCAGAGCUUGGUGCCACUUCUGCCGUGAUCGAAAGUCACAAACUUGGAGGUACCUGCGUAAAUGUUGGUUGUGUUCCUAAAAAGGUUAUGUGGAAUGCAUCAACCCAUGCUGAAUGUCUUAAUGAUCAUGCAGACUAUGGCUUUGAGGGAGCACAAGCCCACUUUAGUUGGCAACUGAUUAAAAACAAAAGGGAUGCUUAUGUUAGCCACCUGAAUGAGAUUUACCAGAAAAAUCUUGACAAGGCUAGAAUUCAGACCAUUCAAGGCCAUGCACAAUUUACUGAUGACCCGGAGCCUACUGUUGAAGUCAAUGGGAAGAAAUACUCAGCACCACACAUCCUUAUUGCCACUGGUGGACACCCGUCUACAGUUAGUGACAAGGAUGUGCCAGGAGCUAGUCUUGGCAUUACCAGCGAUGGAUUUUUUGAACUUGACUCGUGCCCCAGACGCAGUGUUAUUGUGGGGGCAGGAUAUAUUGCUGUUGAAAUGGCUGGAAUCCUGUCCUCUCUAGGGUCCAAAACAUCGCUUAUCAUUCGUCAGGGUGGGGUACUGAGGAACUUUGAUGCCUUGAUAAGCUCAAACUGCACCAAAGAACUGCAAAACAGUGGUAUUGAUUUGUGGAAGAACACUCAGGUAAAGUCAGUGCAGAAAACUGAAAAGGGUCUGAGUGUCACACUGGUGACAAAGGACCCAGAAGACAGGAAUGCAGAGGGGAAGACUAACAGCAUUCAAGAUGUGGACUGUUUGUUGUGGGCCAUUGGGAGGGAGCCCAACACAGCUGGCCUCAACCUCAGUCAGAUGGGUGUGGAGCUUGAUUCAAAGGGACACAUUGUGGUCGAUGAGUUCCAGAACACCACACGCCAGGGCAUCUAUGCAGUUGGAGAUGUUUGCGGGAAGGCGCUCCUCACACCUGUUGCCAUUGCUGCUGGACGAAAACUUGCACAUCGACUGUUUGAGGGCAAAGCAGAAUCUAAAGUGGACUAUAGUAAUAUUCCUACUGUUGUCUUCAGUCACCCCCCUAUUGGCACUGUUGGACUAACUGAAGAUGAGGCUGUCAAGAGCUGGGGAAAGAGAAGUGUGAAAAUUUAUACAACUUCCUUCACUCCCAUGUACCAUGCCAUCACAACACGUAAGACUCAUUGCAUCAUGAAGCUGGUUUGUGUAGGAAAAGAGGAAAGGGUGGUUGGGCUGCAUAUGCAGGGUCUUGGGUGUGACGAAAUACUUCAGGGUUUUGCUGUGGCCAUCAAGAUGGGUGCUACCAAAGCAGACUUUGACAACACUAUUGCGAUUCACCCUACAUCUUCAGAGGAGCUUGUGACAAUGCGUUGACCUGAUUAUCUUGGAAGUUCCUCUAAAUCCCUGUUGAUCAUUAGACGUUAGUUGUCCUCAACUCCCCUGAUCAGCCUGUGUGUAGGCUAUUAAGGUUGCCCAAUACUUUUAUACAGAUGUCUCAGCUAAAUUCCCAGGCCCUUUUGCAACAAACAGUUUGAUAUCACAAAUCAACAACCAUAUCUCAUGUUGGAGAUUAAGUUUUUUUUUCUGCGUUAGCUUGAUUUGUUUUAUGCCAAACCCACCCCUGGUCUUUGUUGCUAGCAUAUAAUUGUAGUUUUAACCUCAAGAUACAAAGCCUGCAAUUGUUCAGCUUCUUGGACAAAGUUUCGCCAUUCAGAUCAUUCUCUUCAAUGUGUGUUGGAAGAAAAAUCUUUCAUCCUUCUUCUAGAUGGGCUAAUCACAGCUCCAGUUGUUGUUUAUAGCCCUAAUAGCAAAGAGAUGUGAAUCUAUUGUUUUAUAGCCAUUGCUUGAUUUAUGAAGAUAAGCAGCCCUUUGUCUUAUUUGUUUGUUCUCUGAUCUUUCCCAAGUUGAUGGGUAAAUAAAGGUGUUUGGCGUGCA